AUGGAAAGCUACAUUGUGAUUUCUUUCAUCGGUGAAGGUUCUUUUGGUCGUGUUUUUAAAGCAAAGCAUAAAGAAACUGACGCAGUAGUGGCUUUAAAAGUUAUACGAAAGAAAGGUCGUUCACUGAAAGAUCUAAAGAACUUACGACUGGAAUGUGAUAUUCAAAGGCAGUUAAAUCAUCCAAACAUUAUUCGUAUGAUUGAUAGUUUUGACACGGAAACUGAACUUGUGGUUGUCACAGAAUAUGCAGAAAAAGAGUUACACAGUAUAUUAGCUAAAGAAGGAUGCUUGAACGAAGAUCAAGUUAAAAAAAUCACUUGGGAUUUAGUUUCGGCACUUUAUUAUUUACAUUCACAUAGAGUUUUGCACAGGGACUUGAAACCACAAAAUGUGCUUCUGGAUAGUUCAGGACGAGCGAAACUUUGUGAUUUUGGCCUUGCGCGUAUUAUGACAAAUUCUACACACAUUUUAACUUCAAUUAAAGGUACACCUCUGUAUAUGGCUCCUGAAUUAAUUGAUGAAAAACCUUAUGAUCAUCAGGCAGACCUGUGGUCUUUGGGUUGUAUAGUAUAUGAGCUAAUGGCUGGUCAACCACCGUUUUGCACAAUGUCCAUAUGGCAACUUGUGCGAAUGAUCCGGCAUAAGCCCGUGCAGUGGCCUAGUUUUAUCAGUGCUGAAGCACGGUCGUUUUUGCAAGGCUUGCUUCAUAAGGAUCCCAUAAAGAGGAUGAGCUGGACAGAGAUUUUGGAGCAUCCAUUUGUAGUUGGUCACAUACUAAUACUUCCUGAGGAUGUGCAGAGUGAAUCGCCAUUUACAAAACCACUGACCCACAGUCAACAAGAGGCGAAGCAGCUUCAGCGAGAUAAGAUAAGCAGUAACGCCAAGAACGCGAAAUCGGACAUCGGACCAUCGAAAGCUGGCAGGGAGCACGACUUGAGGGGCGUGCGCGUUGUUACGCAGGUGGCGGAGUGCGUCCCUAUGUCGGACGACGACAGCGUGAGGGCGACGAGCGCUUUCAGCGUCCGCGACAGCCUCAAGACCGACGACGAGGAGCAGCCGCAGCCGAUCACGGCCGCCAACGCGAAGCUCCUCCGGCACGAGUUCAGCGUGAUGAACAACUCGAACCUCGUCGUGUGCAACCUCGAGGGCAACAUGGCGCAGCUGUUGGCCAACGGCAGGCACGAGACGGCCAACCGCAUGCACAAGAUCGACGAGGAGAAGCACGACCCCGAGAAGACAGACGCGGAGCGAUCCGAGGGCGUGCGGAAACAGAAGACCGCGGAGACAGCGUCCCACAGCCUCGAGGGCCCGAAGAGCCCGCCGAGAUGCAGCGGCGACCAGCUCGGCUCCGGCCUGAGCAAGAGCGUCCCGCCGUCGUACAAACAGAAGAUACUGCAGUUCUCGAGGGAGAAACUGCGCUUCGGCAGCGGCGGAAACAGGCUGACGAGGAGCAUCAAGAGGUCGUUCCACUUCAGCCGGAGCCUCGACAAGGGCAGGCCGGACGCGCAGAGGCGCACGAGCGAACCGAACCUGCAGGCGCCUGGUGUCGUCGACGGGGAGAGAGAGAAAGUGGGACGUUCGAAAGAGGACAGGGAUAGGGACACCGAAAAGACCGAGGUCAUAGAGGAGACGGUCGAUGACAAAAAUGUUGCGAACAACGACUGCGCUGUCAGUGCUGAUAACCACGAAGUGAAGGAGCCGUCGACAAUUGAGUUAGAAGAAUGGGAAGCGUUCCUUAACUCUAACAUAACUGAAGUAAUGGAUGGCGACGUUGAAUCGCUCACUCAGCUGAAUAUGGUGAGUAUGGUGGUGGGGGUGGUUGGGAGUGCGGCGCGCGGGAGGGGGGGCGCCAGAGUCUGCGGUGCGGUCGCCGCCCUGUUAGCAAUGCCCGCCCUCUCCCACUCCCUGCCGAGGCAUACGCUGCUGACCAUACAGGACGUAUACCUAGAAGCGAAGGUUGUUUAUAACUUUGUGGCUGCGAUUAACACUUUGAUGAAGCACAAAGAUGACAAUGACGACGGAGCCGAAGACAGGUUCCAAGGCGUGAGUCGCAUGGUCGAGGUGUGCGCGUGGCUCUGCGUUCGCUCCUGCCGCGGCGUGCGUCAGUUGGCGACAGCCCUGAUCGCCUACAAGGCCGCCCCCGUCUUCACGAGGCUCCUGGCUAUGCCUUCGAGGGCGCCGCGGGCCGCGCUCAACACCGUCGGCCUCCUCAUCACCAUUCUUCAGGACCUGCCCGAGCACGCGGACGUCGUCGAGACGAUACUGUUCGAGGACGCCGCCCUCAACUUCCUCGCGCUGCUGGAGCAGCCGAGCGACGCGCUGAGAUUGAGGGUGUGCAUACUGAUCAGCCUGCUGUGCACCUUCUCGUGCACCGCCUUCUCUGCGGCGAUGCGGGGCAGGUGGACGGCGGCGGAGGGCGGCCGCCUGGAGGCGCUGCACGGCCACUGCAACGCCACCCUGAACAGGGCGGCGCGGCUGGCCACCAAGGAGCUGAGCAACAUGCCCUUCUACCUGUGGUGCAUUUACAUCAAGAUCAAAAACCUUCACCGUAGACUGGUUUCUUCCUAUUGGGCGUUUGUUUGUAGCGUGGGCGAUGCACUUAAUGGGCCCUGGGGGGUACCAAUUCUCGGUUGCUUGCCCUGGAUAAGCAAGGGCUCGCCGCACGCUUACUACUUGUCUCUUAGUGCCAAGUACGGAGACAUAUCAUCCGUAAAACUAGGCUCAAAUCUCGUUGUAUGCAUUGGGUCUGCAAGAAUAUUAAGGGACCUAUUCAACAGAUUCGAUUCUACCGGUCGUCCGCAGACUCCAUUGAAUACUUUGAUGGGCGGCCUAGGCAUAGUACUAAGCGAGGAUGUUUUGUGGAAACGGCAAAGGCAUUUCCUUCAUGACAAGUUUCGAGCCCUCGGCGUGAGCCUGUGGAAGAAUCAGCGAUUGGAACAGAUCGUAAUGGGAGAAGUUGAGGAGUUACUGGGCAAUUUAGAAAAACGGGGUGCUGAGCCAAUGGACCCUGUGCUGGUUCUUGGGAGGCACUUGCACAACGUAAUCUGUCUGUUGACGAUGAGCUAUCGCUUUGAAGAAGGCAAUAAAGAAUUUGUGACAUUUAACGAAAGUGUAUCCAGGAGUAUGAAUCUCUACGGCUCAAUACACAUUGGGGAGCACCUGCCGUACUACUUGGUAAUUAGAGAAAUGGGCGCGUUA